UGGUUUUGUUAGAACUGUACUAUUUCCCCGUAAAUGAUGCAAAUCUAUUAUUGCCAUGAAACAGGAGUUCGCCAUGAUUUCUUCAUUAUGGUUGUUGGGGGCACUCUGCUGUCUGAUGGUGCUCUCAGGCCUGCUGGAGGCCAAAUCUUUUUCAAACACCAUCAAGCAGGAAGAGAUGGUACCUGUCAGUGUUGUUGGUAUUGAAUCGGAAAAAGCAAACGGCUUUCUGAGUCACUCCAGACCGAAGCGUAACGCGGACCCCAGGUGGUACAGAGGAAACCCAGACUUCCAGGCUUACUACCGCUACUACAGCAGCAUCGGACACACUGAGGGGCUCUAUGAGAUUGACAAGUUGCGGAUGCUCUACCAGCAGAUGAGGUACCUGGAGCACACCUACGGCCCCGACGCUUCCUAUUUCCAGAACAAGCUGGGAAUGCCGACCAUGUGUGACCCAGCCACAGACAAGAAGUGUAAAAUCUUUCCUCUAGCUCCAAUGAAAGGGGGCCCAAAGCCCACAGAGCCCCCAGCGACCCCUCCUCCUCUCCCUCCUGCGCCAGUCAUUUCCCAGGCUGAUGUUCUCUACCUGUGCAACAGGAAAGACCCCCUCUGUAAGCCCCACAUCGUCUACCUGCCUACCGGCUCCGUGCCUGUGCUCUGCGACCCCCGCCCCCACCCCCCCUGCACCCCCCAGAAAGCUCAAGCUCCAGCCAUAGUGCCCCAACCUCCUCCCCCUCCACCAAAGAAGUCCGCCCCACAUCCACCACCACCGCCACCAGUCCUCAUCAAGAAGUCUCUGCCGGCGCCCAUCCGCCCCUUCAAGGGCAUGGAGUACGACUGUGACCCUUACUGGGACCCUGAUUGCCUGGUUGAACACCCACCCAGGCCCAUGAAGGGGAAGAUCAUGGUCCCCCCGCCGCCACCACCCCCACCUGUGGAGGAGGAAAAGAUAGAGGAACCAGUGGCGGUGCCAGCUCCCCUUACUCCCAUCAAGAAGAAAGGCCUUUACCCUUACUACUACCCUAUGCCCUACAACCCCAUGGAUGAUCUGUACGACCCAUCCCGCUUCCAAUACCCACAGCCCUCUGUUGCUGUAGAUGAGCCUGCAGAGUCAGGCCACAGUCAGUAAGACAUCCAGCAAGUGAUGGAGGAAAAGGGUUUUUUAACAGAUUUUAAUUAAAAACAUCAAGGUUGAACAUUUUCAUAGUUUGAGGGAUUUUAACAUCUGCAAAUGUACUACAACUUGUACUGAAGCUUUGAAAAGUUGCAUAUUUGUUUAAACCUUAUACAAUUGACAACUGUUAAGGUAUUGAUGUGUUUACCAUCAUCACUGUCAGAAAGUAAAAAAAAAAAAAUCUGUUUUCAGUCGACACAAGUAAUGCAAAUUAUUUUUGAUUAAUGAGAUAAUAAAGUUUUUCAUCGGUGAUUGAGUAGUAUUUUGUUUCUGUGUAUACUUUUUUUUUUUUAAAGGUGCAGGAAGACAGAGGAAAGAACAUGUUUGCUCCACCUCGAGCCACAUGGCAGGUAGAAGCUAGUAAAGUGAAAGUGCCAACUUGCAUGCUGGGGGUCUUUAUGUCUGGUUCCGCUGUACGUUUAAUACCCAUUAAAAUGCUGACUCCUGUUAGACCCCCGACUUUGGAGCUGUAACUCUCCCUGCCCCCUUUUCCUGUUGAGUAUGCUCAUCUGCUCAAACCUCUGAAGGCAUUCGAACAGCGGGAACAAGACUUCAAAAGACGAGCUAACUGCAAACACUGCUG